CGUGUUGGGAAGGUUGCUGAUGAGCCUGCCCUACCUCUCAGCUUGGCAGGAGUUCAUCAGCGUGAAGGGCAAGAACGGAGUGGGUAUUUGGUGGAUAGGGAGCUCAAGGAGUCAGUGGUAGAGGUUAGGCGGGUGAAUGAAAGAUUGAUAGCGAUUAAAUUAGUAGUUGGAGGGAGCUCUUUGAAUGUCAUUAGCGCUUACGCGCCGCAAGCGAGCUUGGACGAUGAGGUUAAAAGACGCUUCUGGGAUGCGCUGGAUGAUGUGGUGCGGGGUAUUCCAUCUACUGAGAAGUUAUUCAUAGGAGAAUAUUCCAAUGGUCAUAUAGGGUCGUCUGCUGGUGGCUAUGGCGAGGUGCACGGUGGCUUCGGCUUUGGGGAUAGGAACGGAGGUGGUACUUUACUGUUGGAUUUCGCUAGAGCUUUUGAGUUGGUGAUCGUGAACUUUAUUUUACUGAAGAGGGAGGAGCAUUUGGUUACUUUCUUGGGUAUGGUGGUUAAGACUCAGAUUCUCUAUCUCCUCCUCAUGAGGUGUGAUAGGGGGAUGUGA